AAUCAACCUGUUUUAUUAGAAAAUGAAAGAGAAUUCUCCUCUUCGAAAGCUAAGGCUCUUAAUAAAAGGAAUCUUUUCCCAGUCAAUGAAGGAGUUAGGUGAGGUUAGAAAGGCGUUAACCUUCUUCCUCUACAAACUGAUCAAGACCGUUUAUGUGCAUCUCCAUGUAAGAAAGCUUACCAAAUAAAAUGAUGGAAGCUAAAAAUUAUAAAGAGUGGGAAGAGACAGGUAAAGAAAUGGAUGGAGUUCUUAGAAAUAAUAAAUGGAAAGCUGAAAUGAGAUCUCGUAACUAUGAUUACAAAAAUGUCAACUAUAUGUAUCUUUUCCUCAAAGAACUCAGAAGAAACGACCUUGCACAUGGAUUAACUUAUACAUUGAGGUCUAACUUGUGUAAGAACAUGUACGGUAUUGCAAACCCUGUCUUGUAUGAAUAAAAACCGCUGUCGUUGGAACAAAAUACUUAAUUGAAAAUCUCCAA